AUGGCUCAGUGCGUACAGUCUGUGCAGGAGUUCAUCCAGGACUCGUUUGUCCCGAUGGUGGCCGUCCUGUGCAGCGAAGAUGCGGAAAAAGUGACUCGUAAAAACAACCUGAAUUUCUCGGAGCUGUUAAGGCCCUUCUGCCGGUUAACCUCCGAAGGUAAGGGCUUUGACACACAACAACUGUUCGUUUUCAUGCUAGAGACUUCCACAUUACACAAGGGACAUCUAAAAUCAAGCUAUUGCGACAUUUUUGUGUGUGCAUGUUAUCCUAGCCAGCUAACUAACGUUAGCUAAGCUAACUAACGUUAGCUAGCUACACUUCACCACUGCCGUCACUGGCAGUGAAGUGAAGUGACAGGAAUGGUUAACCAGUAGCAGAUGUGGUGCUGAAACAGGGGCCUUGUCUUGUUUCUUCAAUGUGUCACCUGAUAGGACCCGAGAUGUCUGCCAUUGUCUUACGUCUGCAACCGUCUUGGGUGUCUUUGCAGCUAAUGACGUUAGCAAAGAAGGCUUUUUGGUGUCAACGCGCGGGGAAGAGGCCCAACUAGAUUAGGUGGGGGUGGUGCUGGCAGCGACGUGGGAGCUAAGCUUCGCCUGUCAUACUAUCACUAAAUUGUUUAGCUGCAACUUCAAGGUAGACUGCCUGCUUGUUAUAAUAGCCAAUUUCAGAGGUGCUUAGCCAACUAACAGCCAGUCAUCUUGUGUGACACUGUUAUUGACUGAACAACGGCCGACCAUAUUUGACAGACCAUAAGCUAAAAAGCUGGCUAACUGGAGUAAGGAAGAUGGAUUCUGAGAUAGGGAUGGCCAUUCAGUUGAACCUGGAUUAAGCAGCCACUUGUAUUAGUAAUUCGGCUUAAUGCUAGUUUACCACUGGCAUUUAAAAUGCAAGGUUACUCAUGGUCAGACAGUCUGACAAUGCGAUGUCCUGGCUACCUCACUCAUUAUGUAAUCUAGCUUGCUAGUUAGCUACAUACUUACCAACCCAUAUCCAUAGCUAACGUAUAGUCGUACUACAAAGGCCUAGCAACCACAUCCAUAGCUACCAUGUUUCUUUUUGCUAUGGCUCAUGUGAAAUUGGAAAACUGUCAUGUUUUGGAAUAAACAAGACUGGGUUUUAAUCAUCAGGCUAUGAUAAAAUCACAUUCAUAAUAGUCACUGCCCUGUAAUAACCCUGGUUGUCUUAUAAUUGCCCCCCGAGUGGCGCAGCGGUCUAAGGCACUGCCCAUAGGGCGGCGCAGCGUCGUCCGGGUUAGGGGAGGGUUUGGCUCACUACUUGGCUCACCGCACUCUAGCGAUUCCUUGUGGCGGGCAGGGCGCCUGCAGGCUGACCUCGGUUGUCAGUUGAACAGUGUUUCCUCCGACACAUUGGUGCGGCUGGCGUCCGGGUUAAGCGGGCGGGUGUUAAGAAGCGUGGUUUAGCGGGUCAUGUUUCAGAGGACGCAUGACUCGACCUUCGCCUCCCAAGCCCAUUGGAGAGUUGCAGCGAUGAGACAAGAUUGAAAUUGGGGAGAAAAAGGGGGUUAAAUCAAAAAAGCAAAAAUCAAAACCUCUCAUAGACACAUAAGAAGACUUACAUUUUCUACCCAAGAGAAGAAGAGGAGUUGGACUAGGGGUUUCCUAUUGUCCUCCUGCACCUGUCUCCCCAGAGGGUCAGUCAGCGCUACAUUACACCACGGUUGUCACAGCUACCUGUAGAACAACAAUAGACUAACUAACAAUUUAGUAGCUGCUGAGCUGGUGUUGAUAUACUGUGCCAGAAGCAUAGUGUGCAUUCUGGGGGAAAUUCCUUGAAUUAGAGAUGUUACUCCUGCAAACAAGUUGUGGCAUUCUCACAAAAAUUGCUUACAGAGAAUUUGCUCUUCAGUGGUGUGUAUGUGUGUGCAUGCUUUUCAGUCACAUUUAAUCUAAUUUCUAUAGGAAUGUCUCCAAAUUGUUGACAGGCCAGACAGACUUAGAGGAGGAGACACAACACUUUUCUUCACUAUGGAGAAGUGCCAUAAAAGUUAGGGUACAUGGCCAUUUGAAUGUGAUUGAAUGCUUAGGUGUCCGGCUGUCCACACAUGCUGCCUCAUGAUAAUGUUCUUACUGCAUGAAGUUGUAUGGACGCUGUUUCUGUGGAUCCUUCAUACAGGAGUCAAAAGUAGUUGGGUGUAGCAUACCACCUUAGUCUCAGAUCCACAUGUCUUUUCACACGUUAAGCAUAAUCUUCCCCCUCUUUUGUUAAAAUCUCUAAUUAUUUUCUUCCUUUGACUGACUGUCUGUGUAUCUGAUAGAGAAAAGGAGAUGCACAUUGCAAUCAAUGCUCUCAUGUGUUUUUUUGGAGACAACUGAAUAGCCUAUAUUUUCUGAUGUCCAGCUCAGACAUUGGAUGUGUGAUUGUGCGUAUGUAGCCUAAUCUUUUCCCAUACGGGUCUCUCAUAGGUCACACGAGGGACCCUAACAACCAGGUGCAGGUGGUGAAGAACCUUCGCAUCAGUGUCAACAACGUGGUGGCACGCCCCUCUGUCCCCACCUCCGGCGUCCCUGGCCCCGCCCAGCGACGGCUGCUCAGCGAGGUGGUGUCGGCAUGCCAACCAGCCGAGGGGGGUGUGGCCAAUGUCAUCACCGCUGGAGACUAUGACCUUAAUAUUAGUGGUGAGUAAAUUGGACAGAGAAAGAAGGGGAUGAGCGUGAAAUGGGUAAGGGAUGGAGUGAGGAAGAAAGAAGUCAAGAGUAGAAGAAAUAGUGGGAGAGAUGCGGGGAAAGGGUGAGAAGAUAUGUGGAGAAAAGGCAGGCUCUGAAGGACAAGAGCUUUGUUUCUGUCAAAUAGCAGGAUGACAGUCAAGACAACUUUUAUAGUGCAGUAAAAGUAAAAUUGAGAAGUUGGGCUAUGGCAGCCACAAGCCACAGCUGACUCCAUUUAAUAGUACAUCAUCCUUCACGUGUACAUUUCCGGACAAAGACUGAUAUGAGAAAAGUGAACUCUGGCAACAAGCUUAGUAAUAGUGAAACUAAGACGGAACAGAGUCCUGGAAUGUAGUGUUUAUUGAUGAGGAAUGUGACACUUGUCCUGUAGUUUCAUAGAUUGUCCUGCAGAUGGCAGCAGACACUCGGGAGAGGCAUGACGGGAGGGAUUUCUUAAAAAAUAUAUUGUUUUGCAGACAGACAAUAACAGCAAACAUAUUGCAAUAUGGGAGUGAUUUCCAUGUUGUUAAUUUCUUUUGUUAAUUCCGUAAUUUAUUAACUUUAUAACUUUAUUUUCUCUUUUACUGACCUGGACGACCCUUGGGUAAGAGCCUACCUCAACCUCUGACCUCUAACCUACAACGUUACAGUUACAGGUCAAGCCAUUUGACAGUGGAACAGAAAUAUCCAUAAACACUUUUAGUUCCCUGAAAUUUAGCUCAGAGAAAUGCUUUUUGCAGGACAUAUUCUUUUUCAGUGUAUAUAGCUAGUUUUCCAUCCAAUUGGCGACAGAUUUUCAUGCGGCUAUUCAAUAAUCUGCAUUAAAAUAAUAUGCGCAUUUUCCCACCAGAUAUGUGUUUCCAUCAAAUUGACUUGUUGCAGAUAAAAGGCUGUGUGUGAUGACGUAGUGGACAUAAACAUAACUUUUGUGGUUAAAUUUCCAUGUACCAAAUAAAAAAUACAAGUUAAAUGGGUUUCCAUCGCUUUUUCAACUCUAGUGAUGGUUUUAACACAAAUAUGCCAACUCUGGUAUUGGCACGUGCGCUCUAGCCAACAGAUCGUAGAUACAGUGCGGGUAUAGCCUACAUGAUGACAUUAUUAUGGACAAAAGAGUGAAAUUAUAUUUAUUUGUCAAACGGCAGCCAAGCAUCAUAUCACCAGAAUAAGACCCUUGAUAUUUAUUGGAAAGGAGCAUUGAGUUCAUCACCUUGCACUUUCACCACCCUGUGAAGUUCAUCAUAAUUUAUUUAAUCUGUAGCCUAAUAAACUGCAUGCUUUCCGGAGUCAUAGUGGGAGAGCCACACAACAUGUCAUUGCGUGACUCCGUUAACUUCGAUAUUUAAUGUAAUUUUUAGUCAUUUAGCAGACGCUCUUAUCCAGAGCGACUUACAGGAGCAAUUAGGGUUAAGUGCCUUGCUCAAGGACACAUCAACAGGUUUUUCACCUAGUCUGCUCGGGGAUUAGAACCAGCGACCUUUUGGUUACUGGCACAACGCUCUUAACCACUAAGCUACCUGCAUUUAAGUUUUUCCAACUCCAUUUCUCGCGUAAUUAAUUUUACCGGCAAGAAAAGAUCCCACCUUACCUAGCGUGUUUUGUUUUUUGGACAUUUGGAAAGUUUAACAACAAAUUAGCUGUUUCCAUCAGGCCUGUCGUGAAUUUGAUUUAUCCAACAUGUACACUACCGUUCAAAAGUUUGGGGUCACUUAGAAAUGUCCUUGUUUUCUAAAGAAAAGCAAUUUAUUUGUCCAUUAAAAUAACAAAUGAAUUGAUCAGAAAUACAGUGUAGACAUUGUUAAUGUUGUAAAUGUCUAUUGUAGCUGGAAACGGCUGAUUUUUAAUGGAAUAUUACAUUUUACAUUUGCGUACAGAGGCCCAUUAUCAGCAACCAUCAGUCCUGUGUUCCAAUGGCACGUUGUGUUUGCUAAUCCAAGUUUAUCAUUUUAAAAGGCUAAUUGAUCAUUAGAAAACCCUUGUGCUGAUUAAAGGGACUAGUUGAGUAUCUGGAGCAUCAGCAAUUGUGGGUUCGAUUACAGGCUUAAAAUGUCCAGAAACAAAGAAUUUACUUCUGAAACUCGUCAGUCUAUUCUUGUUCUGAGAAAUGAAGGCUAUUCCAUGCGAGAAAUUGCCAAGAAACUGAAGAUCUCAUACAAUGCUGUGUACUACUCCCUUCACAGAACAGCGCAAACUGGCUCUAACCAGAAUAGAAAGAGGAGUGGGAGGCCCUGGUGCACAACUGAGCAAGAGGACAAAUACAUUAGUUUCUAGUUUGAGAAACAGACGCCUCACAGGUCCUCAACUGGCAUCUUCAUUAAAUAGUACCCACAAAACACCAGUCUCAACGUCAACAGUGAAGAGGCAACUCCGGGAUGCUGACCUUCUAGGCAGAGUUGCAAAGAAAAAGCCAUAUCUCAGACUGGCCAAUAAAAAGAAAAGAUUAAGAUGGGCAGUCUGAGAUAUGGAUUUUUCUUUGCAACUCUGCCGAGAAGGUCAGCAUCCCGGAGUUGCCUCUUCACUGUUGACGUUCAGACUGGUGUUUUGCGGGUACUAUUUAAUGAAGAGUUCCCUCUUAAUUGUUUUCAGCUGUGCUAACAUAAUUGCAAAAGGGUUUUCUAAUGAUCAAUUAGCCUUUUAAAAUGAUACACUUGGAUUAGCAAACACAACGUGCCAUUGGAACACAGGACUGAUGGUUGCUGAUAAUGGGCCUAUGUAGAUAUUCCAUUAAAAAUCAGCCGUUUCCAGCUACAAUAGACAUUUACAACAUUAACAAUGUCUACACUGUAUUUCUGAUCAAUUUGAUGUUAUUUUAAUGGACAAAAAAAUAGCUUUUCUUUCCAAAACAAUGACAUUUCUAAGUGACCCAAACUUUUGAACGGUAGUGUACUUUGCUCACAUAAAAAUGUUGGAUGGAAACCUGGGUUAUGAUAUGAAUAUAGCCUAGAGAAAUGUCAGGAAAGUUAAUGGAGAUUCUUGUUCCAUUUUCACAAGGAAUGACCUUUGGGUAACAUUGCAGCAACUUUGUGGUGACUCUAUCAAAGCGUGUGUUUCCCCCUGCUGGUCCACAUCCACUAACCUCUCCUAUCCACUCUAUUGCUCCCAUACUGUUAGUGGACCUUGCUUGGAUCAAACAGUCUCCUCUAACCCUAACCUAGAGUUAAGUCAACCCAACUCUGGCCCUCCUAUGUCUCCCUUUGACCUAUAAAUGGAGCAUAGAAAUGCUGUGUUCUGUCUUCACUGUUUUGUUGGAAGCUAAGCUUAUGAUUUGGGCUAACCUUUUUUCCAAGCUAUCUAUAGGGCACAUUUGUAGGUCAAAGUGGAAGCCAUGGUGGUGAGAAUGACCCUCUCCAGCAGCUCAGUCUCCUAUAAUGCUGAUCUUCCCUGGUUUUCCCUACAGUGGUCAACUAUCUACAAUGUGGUAUCUACUAUGUGAUGUAUGCUAUCUAUGAUAUUGGUACUGUAGAUGAGCUAUGAGUGGUAAAUAUCAGUGGGAGAUCCUGUACAGAUAAUGGGAUGUUGCUAACACUAGUCCCUGACUCUCUCCCCCCGUCAGAUCGCUCUGUUAAAGCUAGCGUCCCCUGGUACAGUGACUGGAGGGACACACUAACGGAACUCAGCACCUCCAAGCAUUAUACAGGUACCUGUACUCUCACCUCACCUGGCCUCACCUGAUCUGACCUCACAAUAUAUAGUGGCCCUACCUCUCCCCCCUCUCUCUUCUCUCCCUUUACAGCUAUCCCUCCCUCCGUUCUUCUCUCUCUCCGUAGCAUAACUGUGUAGCAGACUGUCCUUCUCUCCUCUCUUGAGUCUUUUCAUAGCUGACACUUGUAGCGGACGCUCUCUCUCGCAAGGUGGUGGCGGCUCUGUAGUAGCUUUAGAUUUCCAUAUCAGGGAUGUGAUUUCUCCUGAUCAAAGGCUUUUCUGACAUUAUCCUCCAUUUUUAUAAUUGAAACUGGCCUAUCCUCUAGCCAGAAUCCAGAAUUUCCUAAUUUACUGUCUUGUCCUGAUCACAUCCCUGCAUGUAUUUGUGUACUUUACCCUGUACUGUUUGUGUCAUAAAUGUUCUUGUUAUGUGGGUUCAGAAGUUGACUCAAGGCAUUAAAGCUAAUUUUGAUAUAAUCUUGGUAAUGGAACUAUCAUUUCCCUCGUCCUACACCGAAGAGCACUAAGAACAUUAGACUCACAAAAUAGCCUCAUCAUAUGUAAAGGAUGGCUGUAAAGUUGGGUAAUUUAGUCAGUGCUCCUCCGUCUCCCAUUUAUACACUGAGUGUAUAAAACAUUAAGAAAACCUGCUCUUUCCAUGACAGACUGACCAGGUGAAUCCAGGUGAAAGCGAUGAUCCCUUAUUGAUCUCACUUUUAAAUCCAAUUAAAUCAGUGUAGAUGAAGGGGAGGAGACAGGUUAUAGAAGGAUUUUAAGCCUUGAGACAAUUGAGACAUGGAUUGUGUGUGUGUGCCAUUGACAGGGUGAAUGGGCAAGACAAAAGAUUGAAGUGCCUUUGAACAGGCGCACCAAUUUGUGUCAGGAACUGCAACUCGGCUGAGUUUUUCACGCUCAACAGUUUCCCGUGUGUAUCAAGAAUGGUCCACCACCCAAAGGACAUCCAGCCAACUUGACACAACUGUGGGAAGCAUUGGAGUCAACAUGGGUCAGCAUCCAUGUGGAUUGUUUUCGCCCCCCUUGUGGAGUCCAUGCCCUGACGAAUUGAGGCUGUUCUGAGGGCAAAAGGGGGGGGUGCAACUCUAUAUUAGGAAGGUGUUCCUAAUGUUUGGUAUACUCAGUGUAUAUAAUUCGCCUAUGUCUAAGUCUCAGGAUAUUAGAUAUGGUGUCUUUUGUAAGAUAUCCGCACUUCUGAAACUGCCAUAGAGAGGGUUCUCUUGGGGUAGCCAGUGGAAAUGGAAGCUACGCUUCCUAUCUCAGGGUGGGGAAUUGUUUUGAGGGUGAACACACUAUGUAAUCAGACCAAUCAUAAGUAAUGACCUUUGUGACCGCACUCCUCUUGUAAAUCAAUCAGUCAAUCAACAUUUUGUUAUGUCAAAGUGCCUUACAUUUUUUCAAAAAAUUACAACUAAAUAAAAAUGGUGCCUUAGUCAUGCAUAUACCCCUAAUUUGCUAUGGUCAACACUCCUGAAUCACUCACUCAAGGUUUCCCCUGUAGCCUGUGGCUUUAGUUAGUAGCAUACAGACAUGGGGUCACAUACUAUUUGAAAUAAUUUCUACUACUAUUUGAAAUACUAUUCUUAUACUACCAGGAAGAGGAGCUGCUGCCAAUGGGGAUCCUUAAUAAAUACAAAUAAAAAAUACUAUUUUAAAUAAUUUCAAAUACUUUGAGCGUUUGCUUUAGUAUGCCUGGAGUGCCAGGUGGGCGGGGUUUGCACAUUUGGGACUGCUAUAUUGGUUCCAUUGUGCCAGGCAAGCUCAAUCAAGCACAGCUAAUGUAUUUGAAAUGGUUUCAAAUACUAUUUAAACCCAUGUAUGAGCAUUAGGUGCAUAUAACUCCUGUGUCCUUCUGUUCUCUCUUAAUCAGCUUUAACCUGUGGUCCUCUCUGAAAAGUAAGGAAUAGGAAAUGAGUAUGGGUGACACAUGGCGUGCUUGUUUGUAAACAAGGUACAACCCACGCUAUUAAAAAUAACAACCGAUCAUUCAAUGACUAAAUUCAGGGUUGGCUAAUUUGGCUUAGUACAUACACUCCCGUUCAAAAGUUUGGGGUCACUUAGAAAUGUCCUUGUUUUUGAAAGAAAAGCAAUUUUUUUCCGGGAUGCCUACCUUCUAGGCAGAGUUGCAAAGAAAAAGCCAUAACUCAGACUGGCCAAUAAAAAGAAAAGAUUAAGAUGGGCAGUCUGAGAUAUGGCUUUUUCUUUGCAACUCUGCCUAGAAGGUAAGCAUCCCGGAGUCGCCUCUUCACUGUUGACGUUGAGACUGGUGUUUGAUCUUCAUUUUCUUGGCAAUUUCUCGCAUAGAAUAGCCUUCAGUUCUCAGAACAAGAAUAGACUGACGAGUUUCAGAAGAAAGUUCUUUGUUUCUAGCCAUUUUGAGCCUGUAAUCGAACCCACAAAUGCUGAUGCUCCAGAUACUCAACUAGUCUCAAGAAGGCCAGUUUUAUUGCUUCUUUAAUCAGCACAACAGUUUUCAGCUGUGCUAACAUAAUUGCAAAAGGGUUUUCUAAUGAUCAAUUAGCCUUUUAAAAUGAUAAACUUGGAUUAGCAAACAGAACGUGCCAUUGGAACACAGGACUGAUGGUUGCUGAUAAUGGGCCUAUGUAGAUAUUCCAUAAAAAAUCAGCCGUUUCCAGCUACAAUAGCCAUUUACAACAUUAACAAUGUCUACACUGUAUUUCUGAUCAAUUUGAUAUUUUAAUGGACAAAAAAAUUGCUUUUCUUUCGAAAACAAUGACAUUUCUAAGUGACCCCCAACUUUUGAAUGGUAGUGUAUAUGGCACUAAAUGAAUUGUGCAGGACAGUGGACACUUAACAAUUAAGUGUGAGUUAUGCUUGUUUUGACUUGUCAAAUUAAUGUUUAUUCAGGCCUUUGUCUCUACAUUUUUCAAAAACGGACCUAGUGUUGUCACGAUAUCCUGAUUUUUAUACAUCGAUACCAGGUUUAGUAUCAUAAUACUCAAUACCAAAACGAUACAAGAUACCGGAACGAUACCAUGGCAAAAAAUAACGAAAGCAUAUUAGCUAAAGUCACAGAAUAAUAACUGGGCUUUAUUUUUUUUAAACAUUGAACAAUAUGUUGAUAACUAGUAGAACAAAUAUAAUAUAUUCAGUUUCUUGCAAAAAAUAAAACACCAUAUGAAAUAACAGAAGAAUAUCUCAAAUGUUCCUUAUGCAAAACCAUAUACAGUGGGGAAAGAAGUAUGUAGUCAGCCACCAAUUGUGCAAGUUCUCCCACUUAAAAAGAUGAGAGGCCUGUAAUUUUCAUCAUAGGUACACGUCAACUAUGACAGACAAAAUGAGAAAAAGAAAAUCCAGAAAAUCACAUUGUAGGAUUUUUAAUGAAUUUAUUUGCAAAUUAUGGUGGAAAAUAAGUAUUUGGUCAAUAACAAAAGUUUCUCAAUACUUUGUUAUAUACCCUUUGUUGGCAAUGACACAGGUCAAACGUUUUCACACACUGUUGCUGGUAUUUUGACCCAUUCCUCCAUGCAGAUCUCCUCUAGAGCAGUGAUGUUUUGGGGCUGUCGCUGGGCAACACGGACUUUCAACUCCCUCCAAAGAUUUUCUAUGGGGUUGAGAUCUGGAGACUGGCUAGGCCACUCCAGGACCUUGAAAUGCUUCUUACGAAGCCACUCCUUCGUUGCCCGGGCGGUGUGUUUGGGAUCAUUGUCAUGCUGAAAGACCCAGCCACGUUUCAUCUUCAAUGCCCUUGCUGAUGGAAGGAGGUUUUCACUCAAAAUCUCACGAUACAUGGCCCCAUUCAUUCUUUCCUUUACAUGGAUCAGUCGUCCUGGUCCCUUUGCAGAAAAACAGCCCCAAAGCAUGAUGUUUCCACCCCCAUGCUUCACAGUAGGUAUGGUGUUCUUUGGAUGCAACUCAGCAUUCUUUGUCCUCCAAACACGACGAGUUGAGUUUUUACCAAAAAGUUAUAUUUUGGUUUCAUCUGACCAUAUGACAUUCUCCCAAUCCUCUUCUGGAUCAUCCAAAUGCACUCUAGCAAACUUCAGACGGGCCUGGACAUGUACUGGCUUAAGCAGGGGGACACGUCUGGCACUGCAGGAUUUGAGUCCCUGGCGGCGUAGUGUGUUACUGAUGGUAGGCUUUGUUACUUUGGUCCCAGCUCUCUGCAGGUCAUUCACUAGGUCCCCCCGUGUGGUUCUGGGAUUUUUGCUCACCGUUCUUGUGAUCAUUUUGACCCCACGGGGUGAGAUCUUGCGUGGAGCCCCAGAUCGAGGGAGAUUAUCAGUGGUCUUGUAUGUCUUCCAUUUCCUAAUAAUUGCUCCCACAGUUCAUUUCUUCAAACCAAGCUGCUUACCUAUUGCAGAUUCAGUCUUCCCAGCCUGGUGCAGGUCUACAAUUUUGUUUCUGGUGUCCUUUGACAGCUCUUUGGUCUUGGCCAGAGUGGAGUUUGGAGUGUGACUGUUUGAGGUUGUGGACAGGUGUCUUUUAUACUGAUAACAAGUUCAAACAGGUGCCAUUAAUACAGGUAACGAGUGGAGGACAGAGGAGCCUCUUAAAGAAGAAGUUAUAGGUCUGUGAGAGCCAGAAAUCUUGCUUGUUUGUAGGUGACCAAAUACUUAUUUUCCACCAUAAUUUGCAAAUAAAUUCAUUAAAAAUCCUACAAUGUGAUUUUCUGGAAAUAAAAUUCUCAAUUUGUCUGUCAUAGUUGAUGUGUACCUAUGAUGAAAAUUACAGGCCUCUCUCAUCUUUUUAAGUGGGAGAACUUGCACAAUUGGUGGCUGACUAAAUACUUUUUUCCCCACUGUAUGAGACUGAGCAUACGAAAUAAUUUUACAAUGACAUCUAAACUGUUUUAAAAUAUGAUUUGAUACAUAUCAGGGUUUAUUUGCUCAUAUGGCCACAAUAUUUGGUCAAAUGACAUUCAUUACAGCUAAAUAUUUUAAUGUAUUAAAUGAAUAGUUCCAAAACAACAUAAAAAAAAACACUUUGAAGCUACUUUCUGAAGCUUCUAUAUUGCAAUAGUCUACACGCAAUAGAAAUACAAUGGAAUUUACACAACAAAGUACGAUUCCCAGAGUGCAUUUCACUUCCCAGGGUGCAAUUCUCCACCCAGGGCUGCUGGCUGGCUAGUGGCUACUGCUAGCAAGCCCAGACAAACACGAAGUCUAAAUAUAUUGCUGUCAAGUUAUGAGUGCAUUUCACAUUACUUUAGGGUUGUGUAAUCAUAUAAUUCUCACAUGAAUGUCAUGCUGAAUAUAUGUUAAUGUCAUUGUCACUCAAAAAUAAUUCAAAUGUAGUAGAAUAAUGACAAAGUUACAAUGCAAAUGUCAUUGUAAAGUAGUUUUUUGUCAUUUUGGAACUAUGAUGUAUGAUGUUUUUGUUAGAAGAAGCCAUGCUGUCGGCAUUUUCUCUCUCCUCUCGCUUGCUUCUCAAAAGUUGCUGCCGCUGUGUCAGCUGCAUGCACAAGGGCAGCCUGGCUAGCUACUGCCCCCUUGAAAUUAUUCAGACAAAUUACUAGACAGAUUUGAUCCUCUCAAUCAGUAUAUGACGUGAGACACAUUUGGCAGAAGUACCGAAAGUAACACAAAUUCUAGUACUGAACCGUUUUUCAUGUUCUAGUAUCGAAAAAGUACCGAUGUUUCGGUAUAUACCGUGCAACACUAGACUGACCUCAUGAUUUCUCUGCCAUACAUUGAUUAAUGUAAAUGUAUUACUGCCUAAUCUUUUGGAAAAUGGACUGGAGCCGAGCCCAGAGGUUUAUAGGUUCAUCUUCCUCAUACUGCUGUUGUGCCUGUGUUCUGCUAUAGUAAAUGUACUGCUAUAUAACCAAAUUAUUGUUUUACUGUCAGUCUUGGUUUAAAGUUUCUCCAUCCAUAGUCCGAUUGAAUCUGGGAUUCAAUGGUCUGUCUUUUGAUUUUAUUGUCGCUCCUUGCUGUGUAAUUUAGGCCUAUAUUUUAGUUUCUGCCUACGGCAUAAGAAAUUCUAUCAGCGCUGACGAGGAGAGCUGUCCUCUGUCCAGAAACAUCUGUGGGUCGUAACAAGGUGUUGGAGUGGGUUGUUGGUUUUAGCGUCCACGCGUAGAGCGAGACACCGGCAGCUCUGUACAGUUCACUUAUCAAUUGAUCUAGUCCAAACACACAGCCUGCUGUGUUUGUGUUGUGAUGAAUUUGAAGAGCAAGAGAACCAGAGAUGAUGGAGAUGAUGGAAUUACCGGGAUGUGUUCAUUAGGUCACACUUUUUUUUAAAGAUCACAAGCUUCUUAUUGGACAAGUUCCGAUAGUACCGGAGUCAGUAUGCAGACAACACUAUUUCCUCACACUCGCACACAUACAGGUGUUACGUUACGUAGUUGAUGUCUACACUUGCUUUGAUCCUCAUUGUCAUGUCAACAUUACUGACUGCCGCUGGUUGUUCUUCUGAAAAUACUGGGUGUAUCUCUUGAUGACAAAUCUAGUCUACAAUAAGCAGCAUGAUGCUCUCUGCAUCUCAAUGGGGUUUAGGAUAAAAGAAGAAUCGAGUGCUGGUACAAUCCUAACUAUCUUUCAUCUGGUUAAUCAUUCAUUUAUUUCUCUCCCUGAGUAUCAUUUGUUGUAGCUACGCAAUCAGACCCUUCAGCAAUCAGUGUGUGUGUGUGUGUGUGUGUCUUGUGUGUCACUUCCCAGCCUCUCCUGGCUGGUUGAGCUGGGUGUGUCUAGACCUCUCUGCAGCUCCCCUGGCUGUAGGCUACAGGUGGGCUCUGUGCAGCUCCACUCUCUCAGGGUUGUGUUGCAUGGAGGUGAGGUCUGAUUAGAGUGAUGUUCUCUCUCUCAUCUUGUUGUUGACCUCUCUCCAGCCACGACUCCCUGGUUUGAGGCAUACAGAGAGAGCUUCCUCCAGUCGAUGCCUGCCUCCGACCAUGAGUUCCUCAACCACUACCUCGCCUGUAUCCUUCUCUGCUUCAACAUACUACAAUAAACACUAUGAUUAUGAAAAUCAAAUCUCAAAAUCAAAUCAUUUCUAGGUAACAAUUAAGUACCUUACUGUUUACUUUUUAUUACAACAAAUUAUAUAUUACCAGUGUGAUCAUAUACAGUGCAUUCGGAAAGUAUUCAGACCCCUUCGAUUUUUCCACAUUUUGUUACGUUACAGCCUUAUUCUAAAAUGGAUUAAAUAAAUAAUAUUCCUCAUCAAUCUACACACAGUACCCCAUACUGACAAAGCGAAAACAGGUUUUUAGAAAUUUUUGCAAAUGAAUAAAAAAAAAACGGAUGCCUUAUUUACAUAAGUAUUCAGACCCUUUGUUAUGAGACUCAAAAUUGACCUCAGGUGCAUCCUGUUUCCAUUGAUCAUCCUUGAGAUGUUUCUACAACUUGAUUGGAGUCCACCUGUGGUACAUUUUAAUUGAUUGGACAUGAUUUGGAAAGGCACAUACCUGUCUAUGUAAGGUCCCACAGUUGACAGUGCAUGUCAGAGCAAAAAGCAAGUCAUGAGGUCAAAGGAAUUGUCCGUAGAGCUCCAAGAUAGGAUUGUGUCGAGGGACAGAACUGGGGAAGGGUACCAAAAAAUGUAUGCAGCAUUGAAGGUCCCCAAGAACACAAUGGCCUCCAUCAUUCUUAAAUGGAAGAAGUUUGGAAUCACCAAGACUCUUCCUAGAGCUGGCCAAACUGGGCAAUCGGGGGAGAAGGGCCUUGGUCAGGGAGGUGACCAAGAACCCGAUGGUCACUCUGACAGAACUCUAGAGUUCCUCUGUGAAUAUGGGAGAGUCUUCCAGAAGGACAACCAUCUCUGCAUCACUCCACCAAUCAGACCUUUGCUCUGUUCAUCUUUCCCUCGAUCCUGACUAGUCUCCUAGUCAGUCCCUGCCUCUGAAAAACAUCCCCAAAGCAUGAUGCUGCCACCACCAUGCUUCACCGUAGGGAUGGUGCCAGGUUUCCUCUAGACGUAAAAGGCACACGAAAGCCCGCUUGGAGUUUGCCAAAAAGUACCUAAAGGACUCUCAGACCAUGAGAAACAAGAUGAUCUGGUCUGAUGAAACCAACAUUGAACUCUUUGGCCUGAAUGCCAAGCGUCAUGUCUGGAGGAAACCUGGCACCAUCCCUACGGUGAAGCAUGGUGGUGGUGGCAGCAUCAUGCUGUGGGGAUGUUUUCCAGAGGCAGGGACUGGGAGACUAGUAAGGAUCGAGGGAAAGAUGAACGUUACAAAGUACAGAGGGAUCCUUGAUGAAAACCUGCUCCAGAGCACUCAGAACCUCAGACUGGGGUGAAGGUUCACCUUCCAACAGGACAAUGACCCUAAGCACACAGCCAAGACAACGCAGGAGUGGCUUCCGGACAAGUCUCUGAAUGUCCUUGAGUGGCCCAGCCAGAGUCCGGACUUGAACCCAAUCGAACAUCUCCGGAGAGACCUGAAAAUAGCUGUUCCGCGAUGCUCCCCAUCCAACCUGACCGAGCUUGAGAUAAUCUGCAGAGAAGAAUGGGAGAUUCCCAAAUACAUUUACAUUUUAGUCAUUUAGCAGACGCUCUUAUCCAGAGCGACUUACAGGUACACAAAUACAGGUGUGCCAAGCGUGUAGCGUCAUACACAAGAACACUCAAGGCUGUAAUCGCUGCCUAAGGUGCUUCAACAAAGUACUGAGGAAAGGGUCUGAAUACUUAUGUAAAUAAGGUAUUUCUGUUUUUAAUUCUUUAUAAAUGUGCAAACAUUUCUAAAAACAUGUUUUUGCUUUAUCAUUUAGGGCUAUUGUGUGUAGCUUGAUGUGGGGGAAAAAAACGAUUUAAUCCAUUUUAGAAUAAGGUUGUAAUGUAACAAUGUGGAAAAAGUAAAGGGGUCUGAAUACUUUCCGAAUGCACUGUAGCUCACGUUUUUAAAUAUAAUUUUCAAAUGAUCUGAGAAGAACAACAUUGGCAGGGCAAUUCAAGAAUAGCCAAUGUAGCCAAUAUGCAGUGAUAAUGUGUUGAGCCUAUAACCUACUGCACAAAUCUCCGAACUGUUUUUAAAGGUCCAAUGCAGCCGUUUGUAUCUCAAAAUCAAGUCAAAAGACUGUAUUUUUGAACAGCUCUUACACUAAAAGGGCAUUAUCAUUUUUCAGUUCAUCCCUCUGUCACUCGCCACCUCUUUCCCUUUCUCCUCUAUUUUCAUCCUUCUCUCUCCCCACCCUUCCUACUCCUCUCAUUCUCCUUUCCUUUUGCUGCUCUCUCUCUCUGGUUGUGGUUCCUUGACUGGUGCUCCUGCAGGUCUGUUGGUGGUGUCGUCCAGUGAGGCUGUACCAGUGGAGCAGUUCCUCAAGCUGUCUCAGGAGCAGCACAGGAUCCAGCACAAUGGAGAGUACACAAACCCCAAGUGGUUCAUCCCCAACACACUCAAAUACUACGUCCUACUGCACGACAUGAGCCAGGGGGAUGAACAGAGGUGGGCAAUAGACACAAACACACACACAUUCACAUGCACACACAGACACACACUCACUCACUCACUCACUCUCUCACACACACAAACACACUCUCAGACACACACUCUGACACACACACUCUCAGACAGCCAGGUCUAUUACCUCAGCUCUCCUUCUCUUUAAUCCAUUGAUCUCGGCUAACUCUGUGUGUGUGUGUGUGACCCUCUGCAUAAUUAGACAGAAGCAGUAAUGAGAAGGUUGUUGACUCUGCUCCCCACCGGCAGUUAUGGAUUCCAAAAUGUUUUUACCAGUACACAACCUUGAAUUGAAACCUCACUAUUAGCAUAACCUUGAUGCGUGGAUUGAGAAUGUAUUUUUGACUAUGGAUCCGUCUCCGUCCGUUCGUACGUACAUAAAAAAAAAAAAAGAGGAAUAAUCACAUUUAUUGUCCCCCACAAUGAAAUCGGGGCGGGGGGGGGGGGACGACGACUAUGGAUCUGUCUCUGUACGUACAGUACAAAAGUUUGGUCACACCUACUCAUUCAAGGGUUUUCUUUAUUUUUUUGCUAUUUUCUACAUUGUAGAAUAAUAAGGAAGACAUCAAAACUAUGAAAUAACACAUAUGGAAUCAUGUAGUAACCAAAAAAGUGUUAAACAAAUCAAAAUAUAUUUUAUAUUUGAGAUUCUUCAAAUAGCCACCCUUUGCCUUUAGGACAGCUUUGAACACUCUCAACCAGCUUCACCUGGAAUGCUUUUCCAACAGUCUUGAAGGAGUUCCCACAUAUGCUGAGCACUUGUUGGCUGCUUUUCCUUCACUCUGCCGUCCGACUCAUCCAAAACCAUCUCAAUUGGGUUGAGAUCGGGGGAUUGUGGAGGCCUGGUCAUCUGAUGCAGCACUCCAUCACUCUCCUUCUUGAUAAAAUAGCCCUUACAAAGACUAGAGGUGUGUUCGGUCAUUGUCCUGUUUAAAAACAAAUGAUAGUCCCACUAAGCCCAAACCAGAUGGGAUGGUGUAUCGCUGCAGAAUGCUGUGGUAGGCAUGCUGGUUAAGUGUGCUUUGAAUUCUAAAUAAAUCACCGACAGUGUCACCAGCAAAGCACCCCCACACCAUAACACCACCUCCACCAUGCUUUACGGUGGGAACUACACAUGCGGAGAUCAUCCGUUCACCCACACCGCGGUUGGAACCAAAAAUCUCAAAUUUGGACUCCAGACCAAAGGACACAUUUCCAGCGGUCUAAUGUCCAUUGCUCGUGUUUCUUGGCCCAAGCACGUCUCUUCUUAUUAUUGGUGACCUUUAGUACAUUAUUAUUUUUUUAAAAACAUUUUUAGUCAUUUAGCAGACGCUCUUAUCCAGAGCGACUUACAGGAGCAAUUAGGGUUAUGUGCCUUGCUCAAGGGCACAUCGAUAGAUUUUUCACCUAGUCGGCUCGGGGAUUAGAACCAGCGACCUUUCGAUUACUGGCACAACGCUCUUAACCACUAAGAUACCUAGUGGUUUCUUUGCAGCAAUUCGACCAUGAAGGCCUGAUUCACACAGUCCCCUCUGACCAGUUGAUGUUGAGAUGUGUCUGUGACUUGAACUCUGUGAAGCAUUUAUUUGGGCUGCAAUUUCUGAGGCUGGUAACUCUAAUGAACUUAUCCUCUGCAGCAGAGGUAACUCUGGUUCUGCCAUUCCUGUGGCGGUCCUCAUGAGAGCCAGUUUCAUCAUAGCGCUUGAUGGUUUUUGCGACUGCACUUGAAGAAACUUUAAAAGUUCUUGAAAUGUUCCGUAUUGACUGACCUUUAUCUAUCAAUCAAUCAAUCAAUUUUAUUUUAUAUAGCCCUUCUUACAUCAGCUAAUAUCUCGAAGUGCUGUACAGAAACCCAGCCUAAAACCCCAAACAGCUAGUAAUGCAGGUGUAGAAGCACGGUGGCUAGGAAAAACUCCCUAGAAAGGCGAAAACCUAGGAAGAAACCUAGAGAGGAACCAGGCUAUGAGGGGUGGCCAGUCCUCUUCUGGCUGUGCCGGGUGGAGAUUAUAACAGAACCAUGCCAAGAUGUUCAAAAAUGUUCAUAAGUGACAAGCAUGGUCAAAUAAUAAUCAGGAAUAAAUCUCAGUUGGCUUUUCAUAUCCGAUCAUUAAGAGUUGAAAACAACAGGUCUGGGACAGGUAGGGGUUCCAUAACCGCAGGCAGAACAGUUUAAACUGGAAUAGCAGCAAGGCCAGGCGGACUGGGGACAGCAAGGAGUCACCACGGCCGGUAGUCCCGACGUAUGGUCCUAGGGCUCAGGUCUCUCAGUUGGCUUUUCAUAGCCGAUCAUUAAGAGUUGAAAACAGCAGGUCUGGGACAGGUAGGGGUUUCGUAGCCGCAGGCAGAACAGUUGAAACUGGAAUAGCAGCAAGGCCAGGCGGACUGGGGACAGCAAGGUGUCAUCAUGCCCGGUAGUCCUGACGUAUGGUCCUAGGGCUCAGGUUCUCAGAGAGAAAGAGAGAACGAGAGAAUUAGAGAGAGCAUACUUAAAUUCACACAGGACACUGGAUAAGACAGGAGAAGUACUCCAGGUAUAACCAACUAACCCCAGCCCCCCGACACAUAAACUACUGCAGCAUAAAUACUGGAGGCUGAGACAGGAGCGGUCCGGAGACACUGUGGCCCCAUCCGAAGAAACCCCCGGACAGGGCCAAACAGGAAGGAUAUAACCCCACCCACUCCGCCAAAGCACAGCCCCCGCACCACUAGAGGGAUAUCCCCAACCACCAACUUACAAUCCUGAGACAAGGCCGAGUAUAGCCCACAGAGGUCUCCACCACAGCACAAACCAAGGGGGGGGGCGCCAACCCAGACAGGAAGAUCACGUCAGUAACUCAACCCACUCAAGUGACGCACCCCUCCCAGGGACGGCAUGAAAGAGCACCAGCAAGCCAGUGACUCAGCCCCUGCAACAGGGUUAGAGGCAGAGAACCCCAGUGGAGAGGGGAACCGGCCCGGCAGAGACAGCAAGGGCUGUUCGUUGCUCCAGCCUUUCCGUUCACCUUCACACUCCUGGGCCAGACUACACUCAAUCAUAUGACCUACUGAAGAGAUAAGUCUUCAGUAAAGACUUAAAGGUUGAGACCGAGUCUGCGUCUCUCACAUGGGUAGGCAGACUGUUCCAUAAAAAUGGAGAUCUAUAGGAGAAAGCCCUGCCUCCCGCUGUUUGCUUAGAAAUUCUAGGGACAAUUAGGAGGCCUGCGUCUUGUGACCGUAGCGUACGUAUUGGUAUGUACGGCAGGACCAACUCGGAAAGAUAGGUAGGAGCAAGCCCAUGUAACGCUUUAUAGGUUAACAGUAAAACCUUGAAAUCAGCCCUUGCCUUAACAGGAAGCCAGUGUAGGGAAGCUAGCACUGGAGUAAUAUGAUCAAAUUUCUUGGUUCUAGUCAGGAUUCUAGCAGCCGUAUUUAGCACUAACUGAAGUUUAUUUAGUGCUUUAUCCGGGUAGCCGGAAAAUAGAGCAUUGCAGUAGUCUAACCUAGAAGUAACAAAUGCAUGGAUUAAUUUUUCUGCAUCAUUUUUGGACAGAAAAUUUCUGAUUUUUGCAAUGUUACGUAGAUGGAAAAAAGCUGUCCUUGAAACAGUCUUGAUAUGUUCGUCAAAAGAGAGAUCAGGGUCAAGAGUAACGCCUAGGUCCUUCACAGUUUUAUUUGAGACGACUUUACAACCAUCAAGAUGAAUUGUCAGAUUUAACAGAAGAUCUCUUUGUUUCUUGGGACCUAGAACAAGCAUCUCUGUUUUGUCCGAGUUUAAAAGUAAAAAGUUUUCAGCCAUCCACUUCCUUAUGUCUGAAACACAGGCUUCUAGCGAGGGCAAUUUUGGGGCUUCACCAUGCUUCAUUGAAAUGUACAGCUGUGUGUCAUCCGCAUAGCAGUGAAAGUUAACAUUAUGUUUUCGAAUAACAUCCCCAAGAGGUAAAAUAUAUAGUGAAAACAAUAGUGGUCCUAAAACGGAACCUUGAGGAACACCGAAAUGUACAGUUGAUUUGUCGGAGGACAGACCAUUCACAGAGACAAACUGAUAUCUUUCCGACAGGUAGGAUCUAAACCAGGCCAGAACUUGUCCGUGUAGACCAAUUUGGGUUUCCAGUCUUGAAGUAAUGAUGGGCUGUCGUUUCUCUUUGCUUAUUUGAGCUGUUCUUGCCAUAAUAUGGACUUGGUCAUUUACCAAAUAGGGCUAUCUUCUGUAUACCACCCCUACCUUGUCACAACACAACCGAUUGGCUCAAACGCAUUAAGAAGGAAAUAAAUUCCACAAAUUAACUUUUAAGAAGGCACACCUGAUAAUUAAAAUGCAUUCCAGGUGACUACCUCUUGAAGCUGGUUGAGAGAAUGCCAAGUGUGUGCAAAGCUGUCAUCAAUGCAAAGGGUGGCUACUUUGAAGAAUCUCAAAUAUAAAAUAAAUUUUGAUUUGUUUAACACUUUCUUGGUUACUACAUGGUUCCAUAUGUGUUAUUUCAUAGUUUUGAUGUCUUCACUAUCAUUAUACAAUGUAGAAAGUAGUAAAAAUAAAGAAAAACCCUUGAAUGAGUAGGUGUGUCCAAACUUUUGCUGGUAGUGUUCGUUAGUCACACACGAUAUCUCAGACACCGCUGGCCUGAUUUUGACAAAUUCUUGGGUGAAUGAUGGGUCUUGCCAUGGACAGCUAACAUUUACAAAAUUACACUGAUUGGCCCAAGGGGGGCGUUAUAGUAAUCAACUGAACUUUUGCUAAGUAUAUCUCCUGUCCCGUUUGAGCUACAGUCAUGAAAUUGUGUACAUAUAUGCAGCCCUUCAUGACAAACAAGUUUCCCCAUAAGGACCUAUAAGCUCCGCCCAUUGAUUUCCAGCGAGAGGGAUUUUUAUUUUAAAAAAUUAUUCUCGUUAAUCCAUGCAACAUAAAUUUGAAUAAUUGUCACUAAUUGGCCCAAGGGGGGGUGCUGCAUCAUUUGUGGGGGAUUACAUUUUUACUGUUGCCUUAUUUUUCAUUGUGUUUUUCAAGUUUUCACCUCACUGUAAACCAGUUGUCACCAACCGAGCGACUGGCCGAUCUCCAAGGCUUUCCUAGUCUAUCCCCAAACAUUCCUGUAAAAAGCCCAAUGAUAAAGCUUUACGUUCCAAUUUUUUUUAUUCGGUCCAGGCUGUUUGUGGUAGGUGUACUUGAUUCAGCGGCUCUGCGCGCUGGGUAAUUGAAGUGUUCCCAUUUUGAACCAUUUAAUGUGUCUGAAGGUACAAACUCCACCUACCCGGCGCGCCCUGGAGAGCAAAUCAUGUGCACCUAUAGGCCUACACCUGGCCAAUUGGAUAGUUCGGAUCACCGUGUCUGCACUCCGCAUCUUCCACGAGCCCUUAGCGAAGUUGAUAGUCGACUCUACUGUGUAAGAUUUCAAAACGUUAAAAAAAAAACAUGACUAGAGAGAGACUGCCUCAAGUAAUACAACAAAUAUAUAUAUUACCAGUGUGAUCAUAUACCUCACGUUUUGAAAUAUAAUUUUUAAAUGGUCUAAGAAUAACAACAUUGGCAAGGCAAUUCAUGAAUAAUGUGAUUAUGUGUUGAGCCUAUAGCCUACUGCACAAACCUCAUUGGUACAAAACUGUUUUUAAAAGGUCCAAUGCAGCCGUUUUUGAUCUAAAAAUCAAAUCAUUUCUGGGUAACAAUUAAAUACCUUACUGUUUAUUUUAUUAUUUUAUUAAAACUGGAAAAAAUUAACAAAAACAGCUUCUUAGCAAAGAGCAAUUUCUCAAGCAAGAAUUUUAUUAGGACUGUCUGGGAGUGGUUUGUGUGGGGAGGGGAAAACAAUCUGUUAUUGGCAGAGGUUUGGAAUUUAUUGGUCUAUUAACUCAUUUACUGUGGCAGACCAAAACUCCAUCCCACCAAAACAGGCUGAAAUUUCAGACUGUCUUUUCAAACAGCUCUUACACUAAAAGGUUAUUAUCAUCAUUUUCACAAUUUCACAGUAUUAUUCCAACCUCCUAGUGUGGAAAUACAGUGCCAUCAAAGUAUUCACGCCCUUUGAAUUUUUCAGAUAUUUUUUUUGUGUUACUAGGUGAGAUUAAAAUGUAUUAAAUUGUCAUUUUUUGUCAACGAUCUACACAAAAUUAAUGCCGAAGUGGAAUUUUUUUCUGAACAUUUGUAAAACAAAAAACACACAAUAAAACCACUAUCUUCAUUACAUACAGUGGGGAGAACAAGUAUUUGAUACACUGCCGAUUUUGCAGGUUUUCCUACUUACAAAGCAUGUAGAGGUCUGUAAUUUUUAUCAUAGGUACACUUCAACUGUGAGAGACGGAAUCUAAAACAAAAAUCCAGAAAAUCACAUUGUAUGAUUUUUAAGUAAUUAAUUUGCAUUUUAUUGCAUGACAUAAGUAUUUGAUACAUCAGAAAAGCAGAACUUAAUAUUUGGUACAGAAACCUUUGUUUGCAAUUACAGAGAUCAUACGUUUCCUGUAGGUCUUGACCAGGUUUGCACACACUGCAGCAGGGAUUUUGGCCCACUCCUCCAUACAGACCUUCUCCAGAUCCUUCAGGUUUCGGGGCUGUCGCUGGGCAAUACGGACUUUCAGCUCCCUCCAAAGAUGUUCUAUUGGGUUCAGGUCUGGAGACUGGCUAGGCCACUCCAGGACCUUGAGAUGCUUCUUACGGAGCCACUCCUUAGUUGCGCUGGCUGUGUGUUUCGGGUCAUUGUCAUGCUGGAAGACCCAGCCACGACCCAUCUUCAAUGCUCUUACUGAGGGAAGGAGGUUGUUGGCCAAGAUCUCGCCAUACAUGGCCCCAUCCAUCCUCCCCUCAAUACGGUGCAGUCGUCCUGUCCCCUUUGCAGAAAAGCAUCCCCAAAGAAUGAUGUUUCCACCUCCAUGCUUCACGGUUGGGAUGGUGUUCUUGGGGUUGUACUCAUCCUUCUUCUUCCUCCAAACACGGCGAGUGGAGUUUAGACCAAAAAGCUCUAUUUUUGUCUCAUCAGACCACAUGACCUUCUCCCAUUCCUCCUCUGGAUCAUCCAGAUGGUCAUUGGCAAACUUCAGACGGGCCUGGACAUGCGCUGGCUUGAGCAGGGGGACCUUGCGUGCGCUGGAGGAUUUUAAUCCAUGACGGCGUAGUGUGUUACUAAUGGUUUUCUUUGAGACUGUGGUCCCAGCUCUCUUCAGGUCAUUGACCAGGUCCUGCCGUGUAGUUCUGGGCUGAUCCCUCACCUUCCUCAUGAUCAUUGAUGCCCCACAAGGUGAGAUCUUGCAUGGAGCCCCAGACCGAGGGUGAUUGACCGUCAUCUUGAACUUCUUCCAUUUUCUAAUAAUUGCGCCAACAGUUGUUGCCUUCUCACCAAGCUGGUUGCCUAUUGUCCUGUAGCCCAUCCCAGCCUUGUGCAGGUCUACAAUUUGAUCCCUGAUGUCCUUACACAGCGCUCUGGUCUUGGCCAUUGUGGAGAGGUUGGAGUCUGUUUGAUUGAGUGUGUGGACAGGUGUCUUUUAUACAGGUAACGAGUUCAAACAGGUGCAGUUAAUACAGGUAAUGAGUGGAGAACUGGAGGUCUUCUUAAAUAAAAAUAAAUAAAAUGCAAAUUAAUUACUUAAAAAUCAUACAAUGUGAUUUUCUGGAUUUUUAUUGUAGAUUCCGUCUCUCACAGUUGAAGUGUACCUAUGAUAAAAAUUACAGACCUCUACAUGCUUUGUAAGUAGGAAAACCUGCAAAAUCGGCAGUGUAUCAAAUACUUGUUCUUCCCACUGUAAGUAUUCAACCCCCUAAGUCAAUACAUGUUAGAGUCACCUUUGGCAGCUAUAUCAAGUUGAGUUGUGGAUCACUGCUAGAUAGCCAAUUUCAGGUCUUGCCAUAGAUUUUCAAGCUGGUUUUUAAGUCAACUGUAACUAGGUUACUUAGGAACAUUCAAUGUCAUUUUGGUAAGCAACUCCAGUGCAUAGUUGGCCUUGUGUUUUAGGUUAUUGUCCUGCUGAAAGGUGAAUUUGUCUCCCAGUGUCUGUUGGAAAGCAGACUGAAACAGGUUUUACUCAAUGAUUUUGCCUGUGCUUAGCUCUAUUACAUUUCUUUUUAUCCUUAAAAACUCUGUAGUCCUUGCCAAUGACAAGCAUACCCAUAACAUGAUGCAGCCACCACCAUGCUUGAAAAUAUGAGGAGUGGUACUCAGUGAUGUUGGAUUUGCCCCAAACACAAUGCUUUGUAUUCAGGACAUACAGUGCUUUCGGAAAGUAUUCAGACCCCUUGACUGUUUCCACAUUUUGUUACGUUAGAGCCUUAUUCUGAAAUUGAUUAAAUAAAUGCAAAUCCUCAUCAAUCUACACACAAUACCCCAUAAUGACAAAGUGAAAACAAGUUUAGACAUUUUUGCAAAUGUAUUAAAAAUAGGAAACAGAAUUACCUCAUUUACGUAAAUAUUCAGACCCUUUGCUAUGAGACUCAAAAUUGAUUUCAGGGCCUUGGUCAGGGAGGUGACCAAGAACCCGAUGGUCACUCUGAAAGAGCUCCAGAGUUCCUCUGUGGAGAUGGGAGAACCUUCCAGAAGGACAACCAUCUCUACAGCACUCCACCAAUCAGGCCAGAUGGAAGCCACUCCUCAGUAAAAGGCACAUGACAUCCUGCUUGGAGUUUGCCAAAAGGCACCUAAAGGACUCAGACCAUGACAAACAAGAUUCUCUGGUCUGAUGAAACCAUGAUUGAACUCUUUGGCCUGAAUACCAAGCGUCACGUCUGGAGGAAACCUGGCACCAUGCCUACGGUGAAGCAUUGUGGUGGCAGCAUCAUGCUGUGGGGAUGGUUUUCAGCGGCAGAGACUGGGAGGCUAGUCAGGAUCGAGGGAAAGAUGAACGGAGCAAAGUACAGAGAGAUCCUUGAUGAAAACCUGCUCCAGAGCGCUCAGGACCUCAGACUGGGGUUAAGGUCCACCUUCCAACAGGACAACGACCCUAAGCACACAGCCAAGACAACACAGGAGUGGCUUUGGGACAACUCUCUGAAUGUCCUUGAGUGGCCCAGCCAGAGCCCAGACUUGAACCCGAUCGAACAUCUCUGGAGAGACCUGAAAAUAGCUGUGCAGCGACGCUCCCCAUCCAACCUGACAGAGCUUGAGAGGAACUGCAGAGAAGAAUGGGAGAAACUCUCCAAGUACAGGUGUGCCAAGCUUGUAGCAUCAUACCCAAGAAGACCCAAGGCUGUAUUCGCUGCCAAAGGUGCUUCAACAAAGUACUGAGUAAAGGGUCUGAAUACUAAUGUAAAUGUAACAUUUAAUUUUGCUAACAUUUCUUAACCUCUUUUUGCUUUGUCAUUAUGGGGUGUUUUGUGUAGAUUUAUGAGGGGGAAAAAACAAUUGAAUCCCUUUUAGAAUAAGGCUGUAAUGUAACAAAAUGGAAAAAGUCAAUGGGUCUGAAUACUUUCCGAAUGCACUGUAUAUCAAACAAAGAAAAAUCACGUUUUUUACUGCACUGGGCCUUUAAAAGUUUAAUGUUGCAUAGGCUUACGUUUUUUUUAAUGGUUUUUUUUCGACCUGCAUUUUGAAUCAGAAGGUUGGUGACCACUGCUGUAAACUGUUAAUGCGUCAUUCUUUGCCUGUGAUUGUAUAUAUUUUUUCUCUCUUGUGCUCUCAGAGCUGACUCUGUGUAUGAGGAUAUGAAGCAGAGGUAUGGUGCUCAGGGUUGUUACCUGCUGAAGAUCAACUCUCGUACAGCAGCAGUAGGAGCAGACGAACAGAUACCGGACCCAUGGAGCCAAUACCUUAACAAGAGCAGCCUGCAAAGCCAGGUACAGUAGAGUCCAGAACAUUUUCCAAGUAUCUAAUUGUCAGUUGCUAAUAUACAGUAGCAGAUAACUGACCGUACCAUUGUCGGGUUCAUUAGGACACUUCGCAAAGGAAAAGGAGUGUUGCUUAUUGGACAAGUUCAGCUAGUACCUUCACGUUUUACUCCGUUUCAGAGCACUUUCUUCUAGAGCCCGACCGAUAAAUGGAUUGACUGAUAUUAUCGGCCGAUAUUAGCCUUUCACAUAAAUAUUUGUAUCGGUCUUUAUUACACAGAUAAAGUGCCGAUAUUAUAUACAUAGAAUUAACAAAUAAGUUUGCUAAUUUGUGGUCAUUCUUUGAAUUGUUCAAUGGUUGCCUGAAGAGGGCGCCCUACGAGCUGCUCACUGAACAUCAUUCAGCCCGUAAGUCACCAAGCAAGCAGCCCUGUCCUCGUCACAUGCUCACUUGGUUAACAUUAGCUGGCUAGCUAGCCAGCAAUGUAGUUAGGGUAUAUCUAGCCAGCAAGGGGGUUAGCCUAGCUAGCUAGCAAUCGGUGCUACUUAUAUACAAACAUUGGACUGGCGCCAAAGUGAACACUGAAUCCUUGAUACAAAAACAACACUCUUACUGUCUAGGCGUAUUAUGUUCGCUAGUUGGCUUAUUUAGUUAUUUUCCUAAAUUUGCAUAAUGCAAAAAGCACGACCGUUGGCGCAGAUCUAUCAUUCAGGCCGUGUGCUUGCAUUAAUGAUGAGAUAAGAUUGUUUGUUAACUAGCAGCGAAAUUUGAACGUGUCUGACUAAAAACAAUGCGGCAAGAAUUUUCCUGCAUGAACGUACUCGGCGCAUGCCAUUUUCAGUUGAAAUAUAUAGCUAAUAUAUUUUAUAUUGAGUAAGUGUAAUUUACAUUAUGGUUUCAGUAAGAAAACAUUUUCGUAAUGAACUGCGAGUGUAUGCUUGUUAUAACAAGCUCUCAUUGUGAGGUUGCCAUAAAGUGUUUCUUUACAUGUCCUUGUUGUAAAGCACUGUAGUGAAUCUACUCAAUACAAAUGCUGAUGCUCACAUCUAUUGGUGACAUUACGAACUGCAUCUUACUGCGUUUCACUGCAUAGUUUGUGAACAGGGCAGUUUUAGAUUUACUUUGAGACAAAGUUUAAUUCAUUCAGCCCUUCUUGUUUAUUAGUGUGCUUGUGGGGCUUCAGUACGAACACUUCUACAUUUUUAUCCACUGCCAUAGAUAGACAAAUCUUUACGUUUGACAGAAAGUAAACUGAACAAGUUUUUUGUAUUUAUAGAGGGUAUACAGUGCAUUCUGGAAGUAUUCAGACCCCUUCACUUUUUCCCAAAAAAUUUACAUUACAGCCUUAUUCUAAAAUUGAUUAAAUACUUUUUUCCCCUCAUCAAGCUACACGCAAUACCAUAUAAUGACAAAGCAAAAAUAGUUUUUAUAAAUUUUUUCAAAUAUUACAUUUACAUAUGUAUUCAGAACCUUUACUCGGUACUUUGUUGAAGCACCUUUGGCAGCGAUUACAGCCUUGAGUCUUCUUGGGUAUGACGUUACAAGCUUGGCACACCUGUAUUUGGGGAGUUUCUCCCAGUUUUCUCUGCAGAUCCUCUCAAGCUCUGUCAGGUUGGAUGGGGUGUGUCGCUGCACAGCUAUUUUCAGUUCUCUCCAGAGAUGGUCGAUCGGGUUCAAGUCCGGGCUCUGGCUGGGCCACUCAAGGACAUUCAGAGACUUGUCCCGAAGACGCACCUGCGUUGUCUUGGCUGUGUGCUUAAGGUCGUUGUCCUGUUGGAAGGUGAACCUUAACCCCAGUCUGAGGUCCUGAGCGCUCUGGAGCAGGUUUUCAUCAAGGAUCUUUCAGUACUUUUCUCCAUUCAUAUUUCCCUCGAUCCUGACUAGUCUCCCAGUCCCUGCCGCUGAAAAACAUCCCCACAGCAUGAUGCUGCCACCACCAUGCUUCACUGUCGGGAUGGUGUCAAGUUUCCUCCAGACUUGACACUUGGCAUUCAGGCCAAAGAGGUCAAUCUUGGUUUCAUCAGACCAGAGAAUCUUGUUUCUUAUGGUCUGAGAGUCCUUUCGGUGCCUUUUGGCAAACUACAAGCGGGAUGUCAUGGACCUUAUACUAAGGAGUGGCUUCCGUCGGGCCACUCUACCAUAAAGGCCUAAUUGGUGGAGUGCUGCAGAGAUGGUUGUCCUUCUGGAAGAUUUUCCCAUCUUCACAGAGGAACUCUGGAGCCAUGUCAGAGUGACCAUCAAGUUCUUGGUCACCUCCCUGACCAAGGCCCUUCUCCCCCGAUUGCUCAGUUUGGCCAGGCGGCCAGCUCUAGGAAGAGUCUUGGUGGUUCCAAACUUCUUCCGUUUAAGAAUGAUGGAGGCCACUGUGUUCUUGGUGACCUUCAAUGCUGCAGAUUCUUUUUUGUUACCUUUCCCCAGAUCUGUACCUCAACACAAUCCUGUCUCGGAGCUGUACGGACAAUUCCUUCGACCUCAUGGCUUGGUUUUUGCUCUGACAUGAGCUGUCAACUGUGGGACCUUACAUAGACAGGUGUGUGCCUUUCCAAAUCAUGUCCAGUCAAUUGAAUUUACCACAGGUGGACACCAAUGAAGUUGUAGAAACAUCUCAAGGAUGAUCAAUGGAGACAGGAUGUACUUGAGCUCAGUUUUGAGUCUCAUAGAAAAGGGUCUUAGUACUUAUGUAAAAAAUAAUAAUAAUAAUAAUAUUCUUUUUUAUACAUUUGCAAAAAUGUCUAAACCUGUUUUCGCUUUGUCAUUAUGGGAUAUUGUGUGUAGAUUAAGGAGGAACAAAAUUAAUGUUAUACAUUUUUUGAAAUAAGGCUGGAAUGUAAGAAUGUGGAAAAAGUCAAGGGGUCUGAAUAUUUUCCAAAUGCACUGAAGUUUAUUUUUGGUGGUUAUCAAGUAAACCACAAAUACAAUGUUCUUAAUUAUAAUUUUAAUAUUUAGUUAAGGAAUGAUCAUUUAGAGUAUCUGUUAAUCAUUUUGAACACAAUUUGUGAUAAGGUCUGUUUUUCAUUCCACCUCUAAAAAAACAUACAUAGGCAGGUAUAUCGGUAAUCGGUGACUAUUGCCUCCCUAAAAUCGGUAUCAGUAUCGGACCCUAAAAUCCCAUAUCGGUCAGGCUCUACUUUCUUCAGUUUCGUGCCUAUUGAACAUGACCCAUAUAUUGUCAUGUUUGCUCCUGGCUGUUCUAGGAUCAGUCUGAGGAGCCAGCCCCAGCCCCUGUAGUGGUGAACAACACGGCUGUAGAGAACAAUGUAGGAGGAACACCAGAGAUGGACGGACAUGACUCAGCAGAGAAUGGUGAGCUUAGCCACUUAGCAAUACUCAGAAGCUGAAGAUUUCAUAUCAUUAGCCAUUCCUCAACUCUGACUGAACAUACACAUACUUGUGGUCCUGUGUGGCUCAGUUGAACAGAGCUUGGCGCUAGCAACUCCAAGGUUGUUGGUUCAGUGCGAUUGCAUAUCAAUAAAAAAACAUUUCAAAGAUGUGUAAAAUACACAUUUUGUAUGUGUGAAACCUCUUCUCCACCUCUGUUGUUUGUCCGACUCAUUCUCCCUUACUGAGAGAUUGAUGACAGAUCAAGAAAGACACUGCUGUAGUUGAAUUAUUUAAUCCAGUUGGAGAAACUAUGCUCAUUACUAAUCCAUCUGAAGCAUGUAUGGGUUGACAAUGUAUUGUUUAUUCAGAUGUAGUUUCCAUGAAGUCUGGACACACACCCUCAUUUCAAGUGUGCCUAGGUUCUUGACAAUGUUUUGUUGUUUAUCAGACGGAGUCUCGAUCAACAGUCUGGACAACACCCACCCUCUCCAGCUGGACACGGCCAGUGACACGCCCGGUAGCCUGGACUCCCUCAGGGCCGUCGCCGUGGAAACCAAGACUACGACAGUCUACACGGGAGUGGCGGCGGGCACCAGCCAUGGUGCGUGUCUAACGCUUAAAGACCAUGACCGCCUCAGACUAUUCAUCCAGGAGUUUACCUUCAGGGGACUACUGCCUCACAUAGAGAAGAACAUCAGACAGCUCAAUGACCAGGUAGACACACACACACACACACACACACACACACACACACACACAAUGACCAUGAGACCGCUUCGCGACCGCGUAUACACAGGCUCAGGUAGUAUAAUAUUACCACUGUGUUGUCUUGUAUUGUCAUAUUUAUUGGUAACUGUCCCCUGAUUGAUGCCAUAUCUAAGCAAAUGUACUUUCUGUCAGAUUGUGUAUUGAUUAAUCAGUCAGGGUGUAUUGACACAAAAACUGCAAAAUCCUAGAGGGACUGAUUAAUGAUAGAUGGACACGAUCAAUUAUAUGGCCUUAGGCAUUCUAAUGAUCGGAUCGCAUUCUUUCUCUCUCUCUCUCCCUCCUUCCCCUCCCUCUGUAGCUGGUCUCCAGGAAAGGCUUGAGUCGCUCUCUGUUCUCAGCCACUAAGAAGUGGUUUGGAGGAGGGAAAGUUCCAGAGAAGAGUAUCGCUGAACUGAAGAACACUUCCGGCCUUCUGUAAGUACAUCACCCUCCUUCUCCUCCUUUUCUCCGUUCCCUUCCUCCUCUUCAUCUACAUCAGGGAUGGGCAACUGGUGGCCAGCGGAUCUUUUUUUUUGGGAACUCAGUCGGUGUCUCAACUUACUUUUGAGAGUUAGAAUAGUAGAAUACACAAUGUGCAAUUUGGAAAUUUAGUUUCACAUCAGCAGUUUCUCCUGUUAUGUCAGGGGGGCCCAACAAAAUGUCACUUAGGGCCCCCAAUAGGCUAGGGCCGGCUCUGUAUGGAUGUGGGUACGCAGACCCGCUAGGCACUGUGGCUCUUCAUGAUGAGUUCAGAUUUUUUUGUUGCCCCCACUACAUCAAAGUUGCCCAUCCCUGUUCUACAUCACCAUUAGCAAGGAGGUUUUCCAGUUAGUAAGUGGCAAUACUAUAGCUAUCACAUUUCUCACUAACCAGUGCUUUGAAAGAUUGCAAUGUCCUCUCAUUAAGAGAUUACACCUUGGAUCCUACUGUAUGUCUGGUACAUACGGUAUGAACACAAUCACACAUUUACUGAGUUCAACCAUCCAUGUGUCCAAUUAGAGGUGCAGGUGUCCAAUCAGAGGUGCAGAAUAGGAGGAUAGAGAGAGAGAACUCCUCAAAGAUUAGCUGUAGGCUUUCACCGAAGACAGUGUAUAUUCGGAAAGUAUUCAGACCUCUUGACUUUUUCCACAUUUUGUAACGUUACAGCCUUAUUCUAAAAUUGAUUAAAUCGUUUUUCCCCUCAUCUACACACAAAAACCCAUAAUGAUGAAGCAAAAAUAGGUUUUUAGAAAUUUUUGCAAAUGUAUAAAAAAAAUUAAAACAGAAAUACCUUAUUUAUGUAAGUAUUCAGACCCUUUACUCAGUACUUUGUUGAAGCACCUUUGGCAGCGAUUACAGCCUUGAGUCUUCUUGGGUAUGACGCUACACGCUUGGCACACCUGUCUUAGGGGAGAUUCUCCCAUUCUCUCAAGCUGUGUCAGGUUGGAGGGGGGGCAUCGCGGCACAGCUAUUUUCAGGUCUCUCCAGAGAUGUUAAAUUGGGUUUAAGUCCAUACUCUGGCUGGGCCACUCCUGUGUUGUCUUGGCUGUGUGCUUAAGGUCGUUGUCCUGUUGGAAGGUGAACCUUACCCCAGUCUGAGGUUCUGAGUGCUCUGGAGCAGGUUUUCGUCAAGGAUCUCUCUGUACUUUGCUCCGUUCAUCUUUCCCUCGAUCCUUACUAGUCUCCCAGUCCCUGCCGCUGAAAAACAUCCCCACAGCAUGAUGCUGCUCCCACCAUGCUUCACUGUAGGGAUGGUGCCAGGUUUCCUCAGGCCAAAGAGUUCAAUCUUGGUUUCAUUAAAUUAGAGAAUCUUGUUUUUCAAGGUCAGAGAGUCCUUUAGGUGCCUUUUGGCAAACUCCAAGCGGGCUGUCAUGUGCCUUUUACUGAGGAGUGGCUUCCGUCAGGCCACUCUACCAUAAAGGCCUGAUUGGUAGAGUGCUGCAGAGAUGUUUGUCCUUCUGGAAAGUUCUCCCAUCUCCACAGAGGAACUCUGGAGCUCUGUCAGAGUGACCAUUGGGUUCUUGGUCACCUCCCUGACCAAGGCCCUUCUCCCCCGAUUACUCAGUUUGGCUGGGCGGCCAGCUCUAAGAAGAGUCUUGGUGGUUCCAAACUUCUUCAAUUUAAGAAUGAUGGAGACCACGGUGUUCUUGGGGACCUUGAAUGCUGCAGACAUUUUUUGUUACCCUUCCCCAGAUCUGUGCCUCAACACAAUCCUGUCUCAGCGCUCUACGGACAAUUCCUUUGACCUCACGGCUUGGUUUUUGCUCUGACAUGCAUUGUCAACUGUGGGACCUUAUAUAGUCAGGUGUGUGCCUUUCCAAAUCAUGUCCAAUCGAUUGAAUUUACCACAGGUGGAAACCAAUCAAGUUGUAGAAACAGCUCAAGGAUGAUCAAUGGAAACAGGAUGCACCUGAGCUCAAUUUUGGGUCUCAUAGCAAAGGGUUUGAAUACUUAUGUAAAUAAGGUAUUUCUGUUUUUUAUUUUUGAUACAUUUACACACAUUUCUAAAAACCUUUUUUCGCUUUGUCAUUAUUGGGUAUUGUGUGUAGAUUGAGUAUUUUUAUUUAUUUAAUCCAUUUUAGAAUAAGGCUGUAACAUAACAAAAUGUGGAAAAAGUCAAGGACUCUGAAUACUUUCCGAAUGCACUGUACAGUUUGCAGAUUUUGCUGCGUCCCAAAUGGCACCCUAUUCACUAUAGUGGACUACUUUUGACCAGAGCUCUAUGGGCCCUGGUCAAACGUAUUGCUGUAAAUAGGGAAUAGGGUGUUAUUUGAGUCUCAGACUUGGAAUGGUUCUGGAUGGUGUUUUCUAACACCUCCACCUGUACCUCAGCUGAGUAUGUGAACUCUGCCCUGUGUGAUUUCAUCAGUUAUCCCCCAGAAGCCCCUGAGCUGCAGAUCAGGAAGAUGGCUGACCUGUGUUUCCUGGUUCAGCACUAUGAGCUGGCCUACAGCUGCUACCACACGGCCAAGAAGGACUUCCUAUCUGACCAGGCCAUGCUCUACGCCGCUGGGGCACUGGUGAGAACACACACACAAAGGGAGAGAGAGAGAUGACGAGCGUACGCGUGCACACACACACACACUCAGAGAACCUACACACAUAAACACACAUGUGCAUACUGUACACACGCUCACACACGCAGUACAUUGUCAUGAAGGUAGUGAACAGUUUUGCAGAAAGGACACAGCAGGAGCUAAGGUUCAGGUGCCAGAAGGUUGGUGCUAAGCAGCAGUAGCACCCGCAGUACAAUACUGAGGCUGAGGCUGAGCACACGCACACCAAUCUAACCUGCACCUCUGAAGGAUGUCAACAAAACAAGAGUCCUGAGUGUUUGUACUCUUGGAGCCCUGAGCAGUGGGGUAUCUACCACAGCAGACUAGACAGAGGCAAUGUGAAGUUUGUCCUAGCAUCCCGCUGUGUUAGCCAUGAGGCGUGGCCGCAUCGUUAUCUGGGUCACAGGAGUAUUAACAGCAGACCUGUUUGUGUUUGAGACUUGUACAGGUGCGUGUGUUUGUUUGAGACUUGCGUGUGUGUAGCCAGAAUGUUAAUGACAGUGUGAUGUGGUCUGGAGCCAUGAUGUGUUCCUACCUAUCCUCCACACACCCACCAGAUUACCACUUAUGACACUCAACGCUAAUGGUUAUUUCGAUAUAUGAGAAAUGGAUACAUUUUAAAUGAUUAUUCUCCUCAUAUUGCUGCACCCUCUCUUUCUAAUUAUCUCUCUCUCUCUUUCUUUCUCUCGCGCUCUCUGUCGAUCUGUCUGUAGGAGAUGGCAGCAGUGUCUGCGUUUCUACAGGGUGGGGCUCCACGGCCGUAUCCAGCACACUACAUGGACACGGCAAUUCAGACCUACAGAGAUGUGUGCAAGUACGACAUUAACACACACACACCUGCAAGUGUUGUCACAAAAACACACGUUGAUUAACAAUAUACAGUAAGCUAAAAUACCCAGCUUCCUAGCUGAACAGCCGCAUACAAGUCACAAAACACACAACUACAAUGCACAGGCUCUCCCACUCCUGUGGUAGUGUGUAUGAAUAUGUUUUAUAAAUGUUCCACCCCUACAGGAACAAGGUCCUAGCUGAGCGUUGUGCUCUGCUCAGUGCUGAGGUACUGAAGAGUCAGGCCAAGUACUCUGAUGCUGCUACCCUCCUCAUCAAGAUGACCAGUGAGGUGAGAAGUACACACUACUUCUGACUAUGGCCUAAUUGUGACCACAGGUUCUAUGUUUUUAUUCUGUAGAUUGACCUCUGGCUCUGUGCAGCUCUGUAGAAGUCAGAUUACUGAAUGUUACGUGUGUCAUAUGUAUGUGUGAAACUUUUGUAAUGUUGCUGCCUGCUGAUGUCUUGAACAGGUCUCUCUGUACAACUAAAGGUUAAAUUAACGUGUGUGUGUGGUAUGUCCAUGGUAUUAGCUAACCUGUCUAUCUCUGUCACUAUCUCCCUCCCAGGAUUCUGAUCUGUGUUCUGCCCUCCUAUUGGAGCAGGCAGCCCACUGCUUCAUUAACAUGCGAAACCCCAUGGUCAGGAAGUUUGCCUUCCACAUGAUCCUGGCAGGACACCGCUUCAGCAAGGCAGGACAGGUGAGUGGGACCAUACCUGUGUUUGUGCAUGCCUUUGUGUGUGUGUGUUAACCACAACCAGGCCUUUUAAAAACAGAACGAGGUUAUUCAUGUUUGCUGACAUUUAUUACUAAUUAAAAAAACGUUUGAUCACCAAAUAAACAGAACAAGGUGAUCUGAGACAGACCAGUGAUUUACAGGUAACUAGGUGGGUCAGAGAGGUUUAAUGGAAUCCGUCCUUUUGAAGCCCAGUAUGUUCAGAGCAUCAUAAUGUGAAUUAAGUUCUACAACCGUUAGAGCAUUCCAUUUAGAACUUUUGACUGAUGGAGCUAGUUAAUGAAGCUUUUCAUCUGUUCACGUUUUCUGAUUGUUCUCUCAUUACUUUCUGUUCCGCUUUGCUCUCUUUCUUACUUUGUGUUCCACCUUCUUGCUCUCCCUCUCUAUCUGUACCUCGUUCCCUCUUCCCCACUCUCUCUAUCCCUCUCUCCCCCUCCCUGUCCCCCCCUCUCGCGCCACCUCUCUCUCGCUCUGUAGAAGCGCCAUGCGUUGCGGUGUUACUGCCAGGCCAUGCAGGUAUAUAAGGGUAAAGGCUGGUCCCUGGCUGAGGACCAUAUCAACUUCACUAUCGGCCGCCAGUCCUUCACGCUGCGUCAACCAGAGAACGCUGUCUCAGCCUUCAGACACAUCCUCACCAACGACAGCCAGCAGACCUCCACACAGCAGGGAGCCUUCCUCCGGGAGUACCUCUACGUCUACAGGGUAACACACUCACAACCCUAUCACAACCUUAAAACAACCUUAAUAUAAUGUUAGCACAACAUUAUUACAACCACACAGCAGGGAGCCUUCAUCAUAGUCACGAAAACAAGAUGACAACACAACCUAUACAUAACCUCAAUAAAACCUCAGGGAGCCUUCCUUAGAGAGUACCUCUAUACCCCUGAACAAGGCCUUGGCGUGAUAACUAUGUUAUGUCAUGCUCAGUCCCACUGUUUCUGAAGAAACAUUCACCUGAAAUCUGACAAUGCUUCCUCCACAAACCUGUUAUAUUAGUACUGCUCUCUGAUUAAUACAUCAAAGAACUUGAAGCCUAUGCGGCAACCCCAGAAUCUCUAUGUAAUUUAACAGAGUUUGGUUAUUAAAAUAAAUGACUUCUAGUAGACAGUGUGUGUGCUUUUAGGAAUCGGAAAUGAGCUGAGCUUGGUCUGGAUGAGUCAGAAGUGCUUGUGCAUUUGUGUGUGUGUUCUUACCCUCCACUACGGCCAGUGAGGAAGCUGUGUGUGUGUGUGCGCGCUGAACCCAAGUUGUGAGUCUUGAUUAUUAUAGCACUUUAUAUCAGGAUGCAGAGUCUGUUAAUGAGUCUUGCACAAGGGGGCUAUAUUUGUGUGUGUGAUGUUCGGUAUCAGUGUGUCUUAACAGUAUGUCCUUGCUCUACCUGUUCCUCUAGAAUGUGCCAGGGGUGUGUGAGGUGGCACUACCCCAGCUGCCCCUACCCUGCAUCAACAGCUCUGCUACCAGGGUCUACUUCGGCCACGAACGCCGCCUGGCAGAG